CCACCCUGUCUUCGGGAGCGAGUACUGCUUGCACCGGGACUUAACGGGGAGGACAACCAGGGAGAAAGAGAGUCCAGCAGCCACAGGAGGAGGAGGAGAAAGGGAGGUGGUUAAUUUUUUUUAAAGAUGCUCUCAGAGUUGCGAGCAAACCUGCUCUUACUAUUCACAUGACGGUCGAUUAGCGUAGGAGCAUCGUAUCUGCAGGAUUUUCUGGUGUGUUUAAAAGAGAAAUAUUGUUUAUCUACGGCGUUUAUCAUUUUCCUGAAGUCCAGCACUGGAUGAUAAGUCCGUAAAACCUCAAGCACAGACAUCGGCCCUAACAAACUGACCCUCAGGCACAGACGCCCCGGACUCAAAGACCCCCGUCCCUACUCAGCGUCCCCCCGCUGCCUGUCUGUGUCUGCGUCUCCGCCUGGGCCGAUGGCGUCGUGGUUUGGCUGGGGGGGCAGCGAGCCGCAGUACCGGAGCCCCCGGCGGGAGCCCUCGGAGGUGGUGACGGACACGCUGAUGCUGGAGCUCAGCUGGCAGCUGAAGGAGUGCGAGAGGCUACAGCGCGAGCGCGACAGCGAGUACCGGCGCCUCAAGACCGGCGUGGACUACAGCUGGCUGGUCAGCGCGCCCCGCAGCAGCUUCGACAUCAGCCCUGGCGAGCGCCACGCCCUCGAGGAGCUGUGCGCCAAGGUGCAGCCGGCGCACUGUGGCGCUGUCAUACUCCGGUUCCGCCAGGUUCUGGAGGAGAACGAGCCGGAGGUCCCGGAGGUGUCGGGCCUGUUCCGCUCGGUGCUGCUGGAGUCGCUGGAGCGCAUGCGGGAGGAGGAGGAGGCCCAGCGUCUCUCCCAGCAGUGGAACAGCCGCCAGCGCGCCGUCAGCAUGUCCCUGCUCAACUUCCGCAGCCGCGUCCGCAUCAACCCGUUCGGCAGCACCACGCGCCUCACCUCCACGGCCAACGGGGGCCCCGGCGACGCCUACGAGCCCGAGGUCAAGACUGUGUCCGAGGACGUGGAGAGGGGGCUCGGGGCGGUGCCGGGGACGAGGCCUGAAGGAACUGGACGAGCCCCUCGUGUGUGCAGCAUGCCUGACUUCAGGCACCAGGGAUUAAAUGGCCAUGUCGGGUGAUGUCGGAGUAAUGCGGUGAAGAGAGAGAGAGAGAGAGAGAGAGAGAGAGAGAGAGAGAAUGAGGAAUGAGUGGAGGAUGAAAAUUGUGAAUGAGUUUAUAAAAUGGAAAAUGAGUGAGAACAGUAUGAAACUGGAAUCGUGGAAGUAUGCAUAGAAAGGUAUGGAAGUACUGGAGUGUUUUGUCAGAAAUGUCCUUGCCUGGUUCCGGUUUAUGGGUGCAGAGAGCAAUAAGGACUUUUUAGUACCUCACCCCUUUUUUAUUUCGGUGGCAGUAUCACGACCACCAAUCCAAUACGUAAGCCUAACCCUAGCCAUUAACAUGUCUAAUAAUAACCACGUUGAAGAGCUAUGACAAUGUAGCUCCCAACUUUUCAAGAGAUUAUAAGGUUAUAACGUAAGGUUUUUUUGACAGUCUGAACUCAGUGAGCAGGAAUGAAAAAAAUCUCAAUAUUACAUUGGGUUGUGUAACCGCAUAGUGGGUGCAGGAUGUCAAUCUAGGUCUCCAGCUGCAAAGUUGUUGAAGUCAAGAUUGUGUCAUUGACCACAGUGAGUCAGGCCAAUCCAUCAACCAGCGUUACUGACAGAACUGUGCAAUUUGUGAAGGCCAGGAGACUGAGGCAAUUUACUGUGAAGUUAGACCUCCUGACACAACCUGAGAUUCAGUCUCCGCAUAAUAAUUUUCAGGUCUUACGUGAAUGUUUUCUUGUCAGAAAUGUCUCUGUAGCUCAACUGGUUCCAAGGUGCUAUCUUCUUCAAGGUCAUCUCAUUCAAAGGUGCAUGCAUGCACAAUGAAGAAUCGUUCAAUGGUAACACUUCAGAUAAAAGCAUGUACUGAAUAGCGAUAAUUCAAUGAAAUAUUGGGAUUUACAAUGGCCGUUUCUUUGUUUCAGACUUGAAGAAACCUUGUUGGAAAUUGUACAGAACGUUGCCUACAUGCUUGCAGUAUAUAACUGUAGAAUGUUGUGCUUCUUGUCAUGCAUUUACUGUAUGUGUUUGCCUUUCUGGCACUAACGUGUGAGAUUUGAAGUGUCUGGGACCUAAUCUGUCCUUAAUUAUUCCCACUCGUCUCAGAAGUGCUUGGAGAGUAAUUUAAUAUGUCCUCUGGAGAUAUUUGUUCCUUUCAAUUUUACAGGGUUUUUUUUUCCAGAAAGUAAAUAUUUCAAAAUAAAAUAUAAAUUUGUUUAAGCGAUGCACUUGUCCUCAGAACAAUAUUACAGUGUUCCUAAUCCUAAAGAUAUUGAAAUUGUAUUGACUGACUACACAGCUGCUUUCAUUUCAUUGGCAGAUUAAGGAAAGAGACUAAACCUGUGUUCCUGGGGCUUCUACUGCAGAGGUCUGCAUUUUUCAGUAA